AUGGCGACGCUCCCCCGGUGGCUCGCCGGUCCCUACCGGCCCUGGUUUAGCGUCAAAGAGACCCGAGUUUCAUUUGCGGGGGAGAGGGGGAAACCAGAAAAAGGGCUUGCAGAAACGACGGAGGCGGAGAGGGGUGUGUGGCAGCACUUGCGUCGAAGAGGCACGGACGCGAGGCGCACGGUCUAG